CUAUUGAAUUUAGGGUUAAAUAAAAUUGACGUCAAGUGAGGGAAACGUCAAGCAGCCAAUCAGGAUCAGCUUGAGUGUCACGUAGUUUAUCAGAAACUCCUCAUCAGUUUCUUCGGAAGCCAAUCUCGCUCUGAAUCAGAUGAUCUUUCGCAUUGAACGGAAAUUGUUGGAAUGGAAAACGCCCAGCACUGUAUAGUGCUGAGAAGUAGUCAAUCAUGGCCUCAGUGAUAUUACAAGGGCUCGAGAUCCAUUUUUACCUGCCAGAGACACACCAGAUUAUUCAUCUCUCGGGAACUUUCACAGCAGAGGAACUGUGUGUUGAAGCUGCCAAGAAGUUGGGUAUUUCUCCUCUGUGUAGCAGUUUGUUUGCCCUGUAUGAUGAAUUUAGCAGGGUCUGGUAUCCACCCAAUUACUCCUUCAAUAUUGAUGAGACGACAAGACUGAAGCUUUUCUAUCGCAUGAGGUUUUAUUUUACAAACUGGCAUGGGAACAGCAAGACUUCUCCUCCAGUGUGCAGACACUCUCUCAAACGAGGGACAGGGUCUACGGGCGCAGCUGUGCUGGAUGUAGCUUCACUAACCUACCUUUACGCACAGAGUCAGAGUGACUUUCAGAGCGGUCUAGCACCGCUGCGUUGUGCCCGUGAUGAGAGUGACAUCCAGCAGAUAGAAAAUGAGUGUUUGGGUAUGGCUGUGAUGGCCAUCUCCCAUGAUGCCAUUGAAAAAAAUCUUCCUGUCAGUGAAUUUGAUUACAAGAAUUACAUCCCCUGGGUCCUUCGCCAGGCCAUACGUCACAGGAACAUUCUCACACGUUUACGCAUCUCCAACGUCUUUAAAGUGUUCCUUGAGGAAUUCACCAGGAAUACUGUGCAAGGCAACAAGAUCAGCACACAUGACCUGAAGGUCAAGUAUAUGUCCACUUUAGAAACUCUAACGAAACACUUUGGCCAGGAGGUGUUUGAACCCUCUUCCCUUAUCAUACAUGAGAAUGAGCAAAUGCUCACAGACUCCAGCUGUGCUGCUGAUGUUGACUACAAGAUCCUGGUGUCUGGCACCUCUGGCAUUCACUGGUUUAAAGUCCCCUCUGCGACCUGUUCAGAUCUGUGUACCAACCAGGAGAGACAUGAAUCAAAGAGAGACAGUAAGAAACAAAAGAAGCCUAAGAGUAAAGAAGCAUCAUAUUAUCCAGGAGAGGAUAGAUGGACACACUUUUCAGACUUUAAUGAGAUAACGCACCUUGUCAUCAAAUUCUCCGUGGUUACCAUCCACAAACAGGACAAUAAAAGCAUGGAGCUGACAUUGGCAUCCCAUGAGGAGGCGCUGUCCUUUGCCAGUCUUAUAGAUGGAUAUUUUAGGCUCACAGUAGAUGCACAUCAUUUCCUUUGCAGGGAUGUGGCUCCUGUCUCAUUGGAAAUUAACCUACGAGAGGGCUGCCAUGGUCCAAUCAAUAAUGAAUAUGCCAGCCAUAAACUCAAGCAGGAAGGUUAUGAAGAGGGCAUGUACCUGCUGCGCUGGAGCACUCAUGACUACGAUCAAAUUUUCCUGACUGUCAUAUGCAAAGAGAGGGAUUGUCAUGGCGGCAUCACCAAAUCCUUCAAGAACUUCCAGAUUGAAGUGAGCGCACAGGGCUACCUCCUGACUGGGACAGAUAUUCUGAAACCCACUCUGAGAGAGCUUACGGACCACCUGUCUUGCCAGUAUCUCACAACAGACCACACCAGCUUAAAACUUGAGCGUGGCUGCCCACCCCAACCAAGAGAGCAAUCCAACCUCGUCUUGAUGACCAGAAAAGAUUCAGCAUCAUCACGCUCUUCCUAUAAUCAUCCUACAAUCUUCCAUAAGAUCCUCAGAGAGGAAAUUACCCAGGAGAAACACCUGGGUCAAGGCACUCACACAAACAUCUAUGCUGGGAAGCUGAAGUUGAGAAAUGAGGAUGAUGAGGGUUUUCCAGGCCAUGAGGUGGUGGAUGUGGUUCUGAAAAUUCUGGGAGCAGGACACAAUUACAUUUCUGCCUUCCUGGACACAGUCAGUGUAAUGCAAAAGAUAUCCCAUAAACACAUGGCUCUGAUGUAUGGCAUAUGCAUGCACAGCAUGGACAUCAUUAUGGUGGAGGAGUUUGUUCAGCACGGCCCUCUGGAUCUGUUCAUGAGAAACCAUCGCUCUGAUCUCACACCCUCCUGGAAGUUCCAGGUUGCGGAGCAGCUUUCCAGUGUCCUGAGUUAUUUGGAGGAUAAUAAGCUUGUCCACGGCUAUGUCUGCGCUAAAAACAUCCUGUUGAAGCUGGAUGGUCUGGAAGGACAGGGUGGUCCUUUCAUUAAACUGAGCGAUCCUGGAUUGUCCAUUUCUGUGCUCAGCCGAAGGGAGUGUAUUGAAAGGAUCCCCUGGAUCGCUCCAGAGUGUGUUAAUAACCCCAAAGCAUUAAGCGUUGCAGCAGACAAGUGGGGGUUUGGGACCACGCUGUGGGAGAUCUGCUACAAUGGCGAGGUGCCCCUGUCUGAAAAGAAACUCUCAGAGAAAGAGCGAUUCUACGAGGUGUGCGGUACUCUGGUCACUCCCAGCAUCAGUGAACUGGCUGAUCUGAUCUCCCAGUGCAUGAACUAUGACCCCCGGAAGAGACCGUUUUUCAGAGCCAUAGUGAGAGAGCUGGGCCGCAUCAAAGAGCAACGUGAGAAGGAACUUCCCAUUAUAUCAGGGGAAAUUCCUCCACAGGAGACUGAUCCUGCAGAUUUCAAGAGGAGAUUCCUCAAAAAAAUCAGAAAACUUGGAGAGGGUAACUUUGGGAUGGUGGAACUUUGUAUGUAUGAUCCUAAUGGAGAUCAGACUGGUGAGCUGGUGGCUGUCAAAUCUCUGAAAACAGAGAAUGAGAGCAGCAACCUGAGGAGAGAGAUCAACACCAUCAGAAACCUCUUCCAUGAGAAUAUCGUUAAAUACAAAGGCAUCUGCAAUGAAGAAGGAGGAAUGAACAUCAAGCUCAUUAUGGAGUAUUUGCCCGCUGGCAGUCUGAAAGAAUACCUGCCCCGUAACAAAUCCAACACUGAACAAAAGAGACUGCUGCUUUAUGCUCUUCAGAUAUGUCAGGGAAUGGAAUACCUGGGAUCUCAGAACUACAUCCACAGGGAUCUAGCAGCGAGGAACAUCUUAGUGGAGAAUGAAUCACUUGUGAAGAUCGGGGAUUUUGGUCUGACAAAGAGCAUCAAAGAAGAUAAGGAUUAUUACAAAGUGACAGAAGAACAGGACAGUCCUGUGUACUGGUAUGCUCCAGAGUGUCUGAUUAAUCGGAAGUUCUACAAGGCAUCUGAUGUUUGGUCAUUUGGGGUCACCCUCUAUGAAAUAAUGACCUACUGUGACCGUGAGAGCAGCCCUCCACAGGUUUUCCUGAAGAUGAUUGGUCGGUCUCAAGGGCAGAUGACUAUGGCCAGACUGGUAGAAGCUCUUGAGAAAGGCUGGAGGAUGCCACGCCCAGAUUCAUGCCCUGAAAUGGUGUACGCUCAGAUGGAUAAAUGCUGGAGUCAAGCCCCAGAAAACAGAGUGGACUUCAGCAGCCUGAUUGAAGAGUUUACGUUUCUCCUCUCUAGAGAAAGCAUCUAACUUCCUUUCAUCACAUCAGUUUCACCUACAGAAUUCAGAUUCAUUUUGUAUUUUUCUAUACCUUCUAUUAUGCAUUAACUAUUAUGCAUGUUACUUUCUCCAUAAAUCAUUGCUAGUUAAUCAGCUACCUCCAAAACACUCUGUUCAUACAGUGUAUUCUUAUUGGUUAACACAACAACCUACACAUAGCACUUAACCUAAAUUUAUUUUUGAAAGGUAAAAUGCAGAAGUGCCUUAAUAUCACAGGAGACAUAUUUGUUGUAUUUUACUGGAAUAUCUAAGACACAGACAGACAGAUAGGUAGAAUGGGGAGUGGAUGAAUACUGUCAUACUUGUCAUUUCAUUUUACUAUUUUUUUUUAAAUAAAGUGUUACUGGGUGUUAAAUGUGUCCUAUAGACAUUCAGUAUAUUGUACUGUAAAUCCAGUAAAAUAUGCUAAAAUAAAUAUAUCUAAAAUAUGAUGCUCUUAAA